AUGGCUGCAACCAAAGCAAAUCCAAUCGUGUUUUUCGAUAUAGCUUCCAAGGUAGGACCGUGGUCACCCAACACAUGGAAGACCCGACUCGCGUUGAUCUACAAGCGAAUUCUCUACCGGGUCGAGUAUGUGUCAUAUCCAGAUAUUGAGCCCACGUUCAAACGAUUUGGGGUACUCCCGACUUCCGACAAUGCACCCCAGUAUACCCUUCCCAUGAUAGCAGACCCAUCCAGCGACCCUAGCAAAGGACCAACUUACAUCGCCGACUCUUUCAAGAUUGCGUUAUAUCUUGAUGACAAAUACCCUAGUUCAGAGUACCCAACACUCUUUCCUCCAGGCACUCGAGCUCUCCAACGGGUCUUUAUAGAGCGAGUUUCGUCGCUGAUCCUUCCGAUGGCUCCAACCAUGCUACCACUAGUGGGUCAACCAGGAUUUCUAGACGAUCGGGGAGAAGAGUACUACCGCCGAACGAGACAAGCAAAAUUUGGGAAAUCGCUGGAACAGCUAGCGGAAGAGGGUCUUCAGACAUGGGGGAAGGUACAAGAGAGCUGGGAGACGUUCGGUCGCUUGCUUGAGUCGGACACUACAGGGCCGUUUGUCAUGGGGACUCGGAUAUCUUAUGCGGAUUUGGUACUCGUCGCUGCUUUUUGUUGGAUCAAGAGAGCAGAUGGCCAAGACGAGAGAAUUUGGCAGGAAAUUAGGCAAUGGCAGGGUGGGAGAUGGGAGGCGCUCUGGGACGGCGUUGAGAAGACCGUUGGAAGGUUUUAUCUGGAUGUUUGA